GACGAUAAAGCGGGCGGGCGGCACAAGUGCCGCUUCUGCGCCAAGGUGUUUGGGAGCGACAGCGCCCUGCAGAUCCACCUGCGGUCGCACACGGGCGAGCGGCCCUACAAGUGCAACGUCUGUGGCAACCGCUUCACCACCCGUGGCAACCUGAAGGUGCACUUCCACCGGCACCGCGAGAAGUACCCCCACGUCCAGAUGAACCCCCACCCCGUGCCCGAGCACCUCGACUACGUCCUCACCGGUACCGGGCUGCCCUAUGGCAUGUCCGUGCCCCCCGAGAAGGCCGAACCGGGCGAGGAGCCCCCGACCCCGGCCCCUGAGCCCCGCAAGGGCCUCAGCGCCACCGAGAGCCUCACGCUGCUCUCCGGGGCGGCCACCCCCACCGCCCCGCAGGCCCUGCCCGUCUUCAACAAGCUGGUGCUGCUGAAGGCGGCCGAGGGCCGGGCCAAGGGGGACGAGAACACCCCUCCGGGCCGGGAGGCCGAGGCUGCCCGCCUGCCCCUGGGCAAGCUGCCCGGCUGGGCCCUGCUGGCCGGCCACUUCAAGGCGGGCAGCACCGGCUUCCCCUUCCCCUGUCUGCUGGAGCCGCUGGGCGCCUCGCCCUCCGAGACCUCCAAGUUGCAGCAGCUGGUGGAGAAGAUCGAUCGCCAGGCACCCCCUACGCCCGGGGUGGGGGGCCCCGCGGCGGCGGCCCCCUCGCCCCCAGCCCCUUCAUCCUCCUCAUCCUUGAUGGCCGGCACCUCCCCCGGCGGCGCGGCUGCCCCCAACCAGUGUGUCAUCUGCCUGCGGGUGCUGAGCUGCCCCCGGGCCCUGCGGCUGCACUACGGGCAGCACGGUGGGGAGCGCCCCUACCGCUGCAAGGUGUGCGGCCGCGCCUUCUCCACCCGCGGCAACCUGCGGGCACACUGCGUCGGCCACAAGGCCAGCCCGGCCGCCCGCGCCCACAACUCCUGCCCCAUCUGCCAGAAGAAGUUCACCAACGCCGUCACCCUGCAGCAGCACGUCCGCAUGCACCUCGGCGGGCAGAUCCCCAACGGCGCCCUGCUCCCCGAGCCCCCCGCCACCCUCGCAGGGGAGGGACCGCGUCUAGCCCCUGCCCAGCCCCCUGCCGAGGGGCCUGCCCUGCCCCGGGAUGAGGAGGAGCUGUCAGAGGAGGAAGAUGAAGACGAGGAGGAGGACGACGAGGAGGAAGGCACUGACGAGGACUCGCUGGACAGCGGCGCCGAGAAGCCCCCGGGCGGCUCUGAGGGGGUGUCGAGCCCUGAACGGGAGGCGCUGCCAGCUCCUGCCAAGGAGGAGGAGGAGGAGGAUGCUGGGAAGGCGGCAGGGGCAGGGGAGGGCAGUGCCCAGCCCAGCUCCCCUCCCCCGCCUAGGGAGGGAUCGCCUCUGCCCCCCACGGGGGACCCCGUCCCCCCGAAGGCUGAGAGGGGAGGAGGAGGGGAAGCAGCAGGAGGCACCGAGGAGGAGAAGGAGGCUGCAGGGGCUGGCGUGGAGGAGCCACGCGCCGGCCGGGCCCAGGAGGGGGCAGUCGUGGCCUGUGGGGUCUGCAAGGAAGCCUUCCCUGACGGGGCCACACUACGCAAGCAUGUCCUAGCUGCCCACCACCAGGUUCCCCUGGCAUGGGGCUGUGGCCCGGCACGGCGCGGCCGGCGCCCUACCCUGGAGGGCCCAGUGCCGGUGCUGGCAGGGGGCACGGCCAAGCUGCAGGACUUCCUCUCGCGAGAUGUGCCGGCCCAGUUGGUGGGCGUGGGGCCCCUGUCCUUCUGGAACCAGUAUACCGCCUUCGUCUCCGCCGGUGGGCUGGCCUCCAAGCCAGCCCGAGCACCUGCCCUCGCUGCUGCGGCCCCGGCCCUCUAUGGGCCCAGCCCGGGCCUCGCGCCCAGCCGGCCAGCUCCUGCCGAGGCCAAGGAGAAGCCCGUUGCUGGUACACUACUGCUGGGACCCCCGGCCCCCAGCGAGCCGGCCCCAGAUGGCCAAGGGAAGGCAGAGAAGUAGCCGGCUCAGGAGAUAACCCCUAGUAGCCCACUCGGCAGGGGGACGCUGCAGGAGGCCACGAGCUCUGCCGGGGAGACCGGCCCCCGCCUCCGCCCACCACGACAUUAGCGGCAGUUUAGUCUUCUACUCUAACCGUAGCACGGAGGGACGGGGCAGGAGGCGAGACCCCUGCGCCGGGGCGGCUCCACCCCUGCCCCCCCCCGUAGCAGAGCGCCCCCUAGUGUAGAGCAGCAUCCCGGCCACGCCAGCGGGGAGGAGCCCGGGACUGUGCUGGCCUCGACAUUAAAGCAGUUUGACAAAUCCCCCGUGGCCGGCUGUGACCCUCGCUGGGGACGGGACGGGGCGGGGGGACGAGGUGGAGACGUGCCACGUGAAGGUGGUAUAGGGGUUCACGCGCUCCUAUACGCCGCCCCCGAGCCUGUGGCUCCGGCCCCUGCUCUGCUCCCCUCCCCCACUGUUUGCCUGACAUGCUUUUGAGCUGCUUAAACCCGGGCCUCCCUGGGAGGCCUCCAUGGAGGGAGAGUCCCUGCGCUAAUCCCC